UCGAACGAACUUUCGUUUUUUUAUAUCAUUACGAACUUCGGUAAUAUCAGUAUGCAUGAUGAUGUGUUUUGUUUAGCUUAUAGGCGUAACUGAGUGUCUCUUUAUAUUCUGUAUAAAAUACAGCUAAACGGGAGCUACUAAAAAAUUAUACAUGUUAGUGGCGUCCACUGAAAUUGCAACAAACAUCGAGUAUCGAUGCAGACGAGGGUGGGAUUUGUGUUGUUUCAAAAGUUGAGGUUAUAAGUAUUUUCGGAAUUGUUCGAAGAAAGUAUUAAAAAAGCAAUGUCACUGUGCUAUUUAGGGCCAACAGCGUGGCGUACAUUUCCCACUUAUGUUUGUUGUGUUUCUAAAAGAUAUUAUUGUGCAUCGAAGUUGAAACCACUGCUAUGCACCCCAUCCUGGUGUAAACAAGGAGUACCGGCGUUUACGUCGGCCGCUAAAAGUGAAAUACUUGUGAAACUCUGUAGUCCAAAAAGCGUUUGGUGUGCACAAAAACGAUCAUUACAUUUAAGCUCCAAUCUAAGCGCGAAACGCCCAUAUGAAGUGAACACUGAUGUUCAGAAGGAUGUGAUAUUAUUUAGACACCUAAAUCCCAGGUGGUAUACGGUUCUUAAUUUAUUUGCAGUCUGUCAGUUUUGUUUCUGGAUGUAUUCUGCUCAUUUAGGGUAUACACUACUGAAAGAUGCGCCGGUGAAAGCGGAUGUGAAUGAAGAUCUCCCCUUCUGGAGGAGGGUUAAUUUAGGAGAGAAGAAAUAUAGACUUGGAUUUACUCUACUUUCUAUAUUCGUAGGUUUAACUUUGAUGACAACCACUUGCUUGUAUACAGCAAAAUCAGUUAAGUAUCUUAUAUUACGGAAAGGGGGAAGGAGCAUAACAAUUGUUACACAUGGACCAUUUGGAAGGAAUAUUUCACGUACAGUGGAUCUUGCAAAUGUCAGUUGUCCAGCUAGCCGCGGGAGUGCUAAAGGGCAGCUGCCAAUCAAAGUGAAAGGAAAUUAUAUUCAUUAUGUAUUAGACAUGAGAGGAGAAUUUACCAACCCUCAGCUUUUUGAUUACACUGCAGGCUUGAAAAGAAAUUUGUAAGCUAUGUAUUUACUUGGGGCAAGGUUUUUCAAAUGCAAAUUUUUGCAGCAAUUGUAAAUUUUAUGACCAGUUUAUGCUCAUUCCUCAACAUCACUUUCUUUGUGUAUGUGCUCUUCAGUAUAUUUUUGCAACUAAGUUAAUAAUUUUUCACCCAGCAAACGAGGAAGGAAAUCAGCUGUGUCCUUUUCUAAAGAACCAUCCAUCUGCUUGUCUUAAGUGAUGAAGGUAAGCCUUGAAAACUUAAAUGUGGAUAGGGAUUUGAACCUCCACUUGCCCUGAAUGUGACACCAUAAGUGUAAUACGAGAGAAAGCGAAGUGUAUUUUGCUGUAUCAUAUUAAACUAUAAAAUAUUUCAUUAGUUACUAAUAGUUUUAUGAUGUUGUUACUAUUUUCUGAUGUUAAUGUGCUAAUCACUGAUUGUCAGUGGGAUAAAUGAUCAUUUGGGUAAAAAUGCACUUAUGGUGUCUGUGGCUUUUCCAUUGCACGCUGCUGUUGUUAACAGUUUGAGUGAUAAAUGAUGAGAACAGAACAGUUGGAUGUUGGUAGCCAAUCACAUAGCUCAUGCAUAUUUUCCUAUGCUUCAUAAAUGAAGUUAGCUGGUAUUUUGCUUCACUCGUAGCAAUUUAAGCUGAGUUAUUAGAAACCAACGUAACCACCACCCCAGAAUUCAUGAAAUAUAAGAGAAAAAUAGCAAAACAUUUAUGAUAAAAGUGGUGGUAAACAUAAUAAUGUUUACGUUUAAGCUGUGCUGUCAGGUCUCACUCUAUCCACCGGCUUAAAAAUUGUCACACAUUCAGAAAAACAGCCAAAUAUUUGGGACGGUCAAGAUCAUAAGCUUGAGCUAUUUUCAGGUGUUACUUUAUACUGUCACCCAACUGAUUAUGGCCAAUGAUAACGAAGAGUAUUGACAAAAGUACUCAAAAAAGUAAUUGGAUCAAUUACAGUUAGUUGGCAAAUUAGGUACUCUGUUACAAUUACAAAUUACAAUUAUUUUUCAAUUGGGUUGGUUAAUGUUCAAAUGUAAAAAGAAAAUAAUAAAGGAAAGGCUGAAUGGAGCAAAUAUAAAAUGUAUUAAAAGAGAACAGAUUGAUUAAUGUACAAAACAAAAGAAUCCAACAUCCCUCACCCCAGUCCAUUCAGGUCCACUUUACUACCACCUUACCUAAUUGCUUUUUCACAUGUAGUGAUUGGUACAUUGUUCAACAGGCAUCACUCACUGAUUUUAUUGUGGCCAAAAGAAAGGUGAAGCUGCACUACCUGGACCUUGAUGACUAGUGGUCUGAAUGAGAAAGACUGGGCAUUCUCGCAAGCAUCACUGAAACAUGGAAAAAAAUACAUUUAAUAGAUGUACCAUAUUUGUACAAAUAUAGGCUGCACCUAAACUUUUUACAUGCGAUUAUAGUAAGAAGUAAAUCUAGAAUAUAAGCUGCGCUACUAAAUUUAUGAGAAAGUUCAGUUAGAUCCAAUUUGAGUUGCAUAUCACUCUGUUUCCUUCUUCAACUCCUGUGUAACUACAGUGUAACUGUUAAGUUGGCAGAAUAGAAUAGCUGUGUUAAAAUUGUAGCUUCAGCUGCUCUGCUGCUGUGUGGCAGGCUGUCUAUACCUGUGUUGUACAUGUAUCACAGAAAUACCAUAUUUAUUGGGAGGUCUGGUAACACGACUAAUUCCAGGGACAGUGUGAGGAAGUUGAGGACAUAGCUGCUUAAUCGCUUUAUUCAGAGAUUUCUUCAUUUCCGGGAGACGAUGUUUUGCCGUACUCCAUUCUAAAGGUUGUAAGUAGUUGUACCUUUGAGAAAGAAAUAGCUUCUUCCUUCUGAAGUCCUUCCAUCAGGAGAAUGUUAGGGCUGAGAUCAAAAUGCUGCUGUGGUUAGCUCCUGAUCUAGCAUGAUGAAGCCUGUACUGCUAUCAGGAUAAGUGUAUGCACACCACACCACUGAUGAGGUGAUUCACACCCACAUCAAGAAUGAGUGCUACUUUAAAAAACUCUCAUCUCUUCCAGUCCAUCAAAUGCCGCAACUUCGCUCUCAUCAUGUUUCAUUUCUAAUAUCCUUAAAAGAAACAAAUAGAAAGUUGAUAUUUGUAAAAUGAUAUCAGAAAUGUUAUGUAUGAAGAAAAAAGAAGACAAAGAUUAAAUUAACUUAUGUGAAAACCUUGACAAAAUUGCUGCUAUUGUCUGUUACACAAGACACCACUUGUUAUGUCGGCUCUCAAUUGCAACAGCCAGAAUCUUAUGUAUGGUAUCCCACAAUCUUUUAUUUAUUUAUUUUUUUAUGAUAAGCAUCGCAAAUUUUCUGCCUAGUGUCUCUUCAUUGAGCUAGUGCAUGGUUAUCCCCGGAAACCCCUACUAAAAUUUGUCUCGUAAUCUGCUGUGGUUGUAACAUUAUUAACUCUUGAUAGCUGCUCUAAGAGUUUUUUUUUUUUUGGUUAUUGUACCUUUGCUUUGGUCAUGCAGGUACAGUCCUCCUACACAUUGCUAUACUAUUUGGUGCCAGAGACUUCAUCAAAUUUAUGAACAAUGCUUCUACCACUGAUAAAGGCUGAAGAGAAUGGCAGACAAAAUCUAAAACUAGCUUGUCGACAGUGCUAUGGUGGGUAGUGUUAUUUGUGAGGGAAAGAAUAGAUUGUGUUUUCUUUGCACCUGUACUUUCAGUCUGAAGAGCAGACUUCAUUUCUUAGCUCAUUGCAGGAAUUGUCCCAUUCCAGAUAAAUUUGUUGGAUGAAUCCUCUGCAAUGGAGACAAAGGUUGUGUGAUUAUUAAUUAAAAAAGGUUAUAUUUUACCAUUUGUUAUAUUUGUGCUCUAAUAAAUAAUACUCAGUAUUAAUAAUAUAGUAACAUUUAUAGUUGUAUUGUUUCCUUAGGUUUCUUGGAAAUGUGGCAUGUAUGUACACUUGUUUCAAUUUGUAACUUUAAUAUUACAUAAUAUAUUUUCAGAUUGUAGUUGCUUACCUGUAUAUGCUUCUUUAAAUUAGAUGCUGAACUCCCAGCAGAGUUCAGAAAUUUAUUUCUCCGUCAGAGCUUACAUUUUACCAAUAUAUUUUCUUUGCAGUGUGCACCACUUAACUCAAAAUAAUUUCUUAACUAAGGAAAUGGAAGUACUCUAACCGCAUUCUCUCUGUUUUCUAUUUCAUUGGCGAUGCUGUGCAUCAAAGAGACAAACAACUCUCAACUUCCCUCGAAGCACUUAUAAAGUUUAACAAAGAAUGAAUGACGGUUGUGCUAAAGAAAUAUAUAUAGGUGAGAUGUUUUUCAUCGCCUGCAAGAUAUGUGCGAGAGAGAACAAGUUAUGACUGUUACAAAGUAAUGAUUCCAUUGUUGUAAUGAUUACUAUUUUAUUCAAAUAAGUAAAUUAAAAGUACAAAUUACAUUUUCUAACAUGCACCAAUUACAAGGAAAAUUACUUGGAAAGUUAUCAUUACACGUAAUUCAAUUACUUUUAUGCAGUUACUUACCAUCAUUGAUAACAAAUUAACAACAGCAGCAACCAAUGGAAGAUCCAUGGAUACCAUAUUGCACUUUAGCCUUCAUUUGCUGUUUCUUGUGUUGAUGUGCUCAGUCACUGGACAUUCUGAGUAGCAUAUUUCUUUGGACUUGUGUUUUCGUUAUGAUCUAAACUGAAGUCUAAGGUGGUUUUAUGCAGCCCUCCAUGCUACGCUGUCUUCUGCAGGCAUCUCCAUCUCUGAAUAACUACUGCAACCUACACACAACUGACUUUGUCUCAUGACACUCAGAACUUCAUAAAUUAGCAUUUUUUCCUCACAAUUUCUGACAUUUACAAUCGAGUUGAUAUGCCUUCAGGUUUCUUCUCUAUAUCAAUUUAUUACUCUUUUCUUUAGCUCUGUUUUGCUGUCAUUGUUUCAGCAAACACUGUUGCUUACAUUCUUCCCUCCUUAACUUUUCUAAUCCUCACUUUGUUUUGUGUCCUGCCUGUUUCAUAUUUCCUUCCAAUCCUUAGUUGAUUUAAUACUAUUACAUUGAGCAUGUCUUCUAGCAUUAGCCCAGCUUGACAAGAAAUUGGUUAUUUCAAAGAUCAAUUUUUAAUUAUAAUGUAAGAAUUAUGAAAAAUUUAAUCUGUUAAUUUUCAAUAAACAUUAUAUGAGCCAUAUGUUUAUGCAUUCUAAGAUAGCUCUGAUGCUCUGGAGUUAGUAAGAUUAAAUCAGGAAAGAAAAAUUAAGGAACAUAAAUAAAACCUCGCAACAACUCAGGAACAACUGAAGUACACACAAAAGGCCUGUAAACUGGGAAACUGUGUCUACUUUUGCCAGAUAUAAAAAAUUCCAAACCGUUUAAAGAAGUGACAAAAUGAACUCCCUGAAUGAUGGGACGGUAUACACAAUUUCUGCCAGUUCAAACAGAGCUCUACAGUUGUUACUGUAUUCCCAUAACACAUUGAGCAUUAAUGUUUGAAAUAACUUGCUUGAUAAACAGGCCUCCUCAGAUAUCAGUGGCAGGUUAAAAAACAAUUCACAGCAGCCUGUGCUUCAAGAGUGGCUCUUUUGUACCCGAUACCGAAAAGAUAACUGUUUUGAGUACCAGAAAUUCCUCAACAAAUGAGUUGGAGGGUGUUUUAAUAACAUGCAUCUCACUAAAUAAGUGGACCGAGACAAGGACUGAAGUUAGAUGGAUUUUGAUGUGAGUACACAUUAAGUCCUGCAGAUUAAGUCAUCACUAAAAUUGUUAUUACAGUCUAUAAAGUUUUGUGAGUGCUCUGUGUUUAGUACUUGAUAGAUAGAAUUCGUAAGUCUCCAGACUCUUUGUAUUUUGCAUCCACUCACUACCAGCUUUAGCGAUCACACAGUUCUAUGUUAGUAUUGCAGUAGGAAAGCCAAAUUUCUGCAUGCAGUAGAAACUUGCAUGUAGAUAUUGGCACCACUAGUUUUAUUAAUUCAAGUGAGCCUGCGACAUCUUUAAAUACUAAACCAGCACACUCAGGAAAGUCAAAAGUUAUUUAAAAGUGUGGUUCCUAACAUGUGGUUGGAGGCUGUGGCAGCUGACACAGCGUAUUGUCCCAUUGGAAAGUAUCAAGAGCAGUUCCUUUGCAGUGUCUGCAGCCCUUGGUAACAGGCGGGCUGCAGCAGCCGUGUCUCUACACCAGACAGAGAGCAGUCCAGCCUCAACUGCAGCUUAUGGUACACUACUGUUACCAUACCAGUUACUGACAAUGUCUGCUUCAGAAAUGUCACUUACAUCUGUAGAAAACAAAAAAGUUGUGAAAAUUUUGUUCAAGUUUCCACAUGUCUGUGUGUAGCCAGUGCUGUGUAUAAAGGUCAAAAUGUUAAAGAGAGUGUUUGGAUGGAAAUUGGAGAAUUUGUCCAGAGAUCAACUAAGAAUAAUACUAUAUUUAUUCUGUUUGUGUGCUUUUUAAGCAAUUUGUACUACAAUCAAACGUUGUACAACCAGAAAUAACUAUUCUAAUGGAUACUGAUAAGCUGAUUAUUUUGCCACACUACCACCCCUGUGAUGCUGUUGAAAUAGUAUAUGUCUGAGUAUUGCACAGGGAAAUUUUAUAUUGGCAAAACCAUCAACCCUAGCAAGUCGGAUAAGAUUUUCAGAUUGUGGUGGCUCUGCGUGCACUGUCAUCAUAU